AUGCAGAGCCUACCGCAAUAUACGACGGACGAGGUCGCUGGUCACAAGUGCAAGGAUGAUUUGUGGAUCGCUGUUCGUGGCAAAGUGUACAAUGUCACCGAAUAUGUUCGAGAUCAUCCUGGCGGGGCAGAAGUAUUAAUGGAUGUCGCCGGACUGGACGCGACCGAAGCGUAUGAGGAUGUUGGCCAUUCCGAGGAUGCAGACGAGAUCCUCGAAACAUAUCUCAUUGGCACAUUGAAAGAUGCACGCGAGCGCGUUCGACCCCAGACCGUCCGAUUGAUCCAGUCCACGAGCCCUGCGCCACCAAUAGCCCCGCGGAAGGCCGGUUCUAUCACGCCGGUAGCCCUAACCAUCUUCUCCAUCGGCGGGGUGGCUGUGACCCUGUACUCUGGCGCUUACAUUCAUGCCACUGUACCGGUACGAUGGCCGGCACUUUCAGAGCUUCGAAGUCUCUUACCCUCGCUCCAAUCGCCCCAUGCGCUGUCCACCUCCGGGGGUUUUUAUACCGGGUUUGCCGCGGCAACCGGACUUGCGACCCUCGUGGGCUCGAUGGUCGCAUCUAAGUUAUCACAAAUGACCCAGAUCAAGUCGGGCUUCACCAGGUAUCCGCCCUACAUCAAGUGUCGCCCGCGGAUUCGGAGUAAUCCUCAUCUGGUCAAGGGGUUUCUUGAUCCCAAGGAGUACAAGUGUCUCCCCUUAAUCCGCAAAGAAGAGCUGGCCCCCAACGUCUAUAGAUUUGUGCUGCAGCUCCCCAACCCGCAGGAGGUGAUCGGACUGCCGAUCGGUCAGCAUGUUGCCAUCAAGGCGACCAUCGACGGAAAGGCCGUCUCCAGAUCCUAUACCCCAACCUCUAACAACCUGGAUCGAGGGGUCCUGGAGCUGGUAAUCAAGUGCUACCCCGAGGGCUUGCUAACGGGCCGGUAUCUCGCCCACCUGGAGAUUGGGCAAGAGAUUCAGCUCCGGGGACCGAAGGGGGCGAUGAAGUAUACCCCCGGGCUCUGUAAACGCAUUGGCAUGAUUGCCGGUGGCACGGGAAUCACCCCCAUGUACCAGCUGAUCCGGGCGAUCUGCGAGGACCCGACCGACCUCACCGAGAUCAGCCUGAUCUAUGCGAAUCGCACGGAAGACGAUAUUCUCCUGCGGCGGGAACUGGAUGGUUUCGCGCAGCAGUAUCCUCGGAACCUCCAGAUCUGGUACAUGCUGGAUACGCCACCGAAGACUUGGGCAUUUGGCAGUGGGUAUGUCACGGCGGAGAUUAUGAAGGAGCGAUUGCCUGCUUCUGGCCCAGAUACGAAGGUCAUGCUGUGCGGGCCGCCGGGGAUGGUGAACGCCUCCAAGAAGGCCUUGGUGUCUCUGGGGUUCCAGACUCCUGGGGCGGUGGCCAAGAUGUCGGAUCAGAUCUUCUGUUUUUAG